AGUGUCCACCUUAUAUAAUUUCAUUUCAUUUUCUGUCAAGCACGCAGCUAGUGGCUGAGUUCCUGAAUAUCAUCGGACGAAGUUUGUAAGUAUGGUUAAUUAUAUAGUUUUGGUCCUAUUGCUAGAGCAUCUUUUUAAUUUAUUUUUAAACUUUAUAUGGUACAUGAAAAACCAUACUUGGCGAAGUUUUGGUUUGAGAAGGCAAGUGGUGCUUUUUGGCCUGUCCGUGUGGGACACAUGAUAUGAAGGUUCCACACGAACCUAUAUCUGGGUGAGUUCAUAAAUCCAAAUCUGCUAGAUUUGAUGAAAGGGGAUACAGAGGAAAGCGGUAGAAAGAAGGAGAUGGACGAUUGGAGAAGAUCUGUGAAGAAUGAGGGAAGGAAGGGAGAAAAGGGAAAGAAGGAAGAGAAAAAGAAAGGGAUCGGAGAAGGUAGAAGGGAGAAAGUGCUGCAGAAAAGAGAGCUAGGGGAGGAAGAGCUGAACGAUGGAGUUGAGGAAUAUGAAUGGAGAAAGAGAAGGGGAUCGGGGGAAGGAGAUGAAGAAGAUAAGGAGCAACAAGAAACGUUGCAGAAGUUAGUUUGCUGGGAGUCCGUUUCCGAGCUAAAGCGGUUCUUACAUAACAAUCGGGAUAUAAUAUCUCCGCAAAUGUUAGACUCUGCUCUUAAGCAUGCAAUUACUUGUGGCCGGAAGAAAAUGGCACGCUACCUCUAUAGGGAGAUUCCACUUGAUUUUCUACGGGGAGACUCUGGCUUCUUUCUCCUAGAACGCUGUAUAACCAAAGGAAUGUUUGAUAUUGCAUUGGAUUUACUCCACCAAUUUCCAGAGUGGGCAUUUAAACACUCUUCGAUUUCCACUCCUAUCAUUUUAACACUUGCUGAAACACUACCACCAUUUUUACGCCUAAAUGAGCUUGGAUCUUGGGGACGCUGGAUAUAUGAGUUGCUUUUCGCGUCAGGUUGUUUAUCAUUUCCAGCUUAUAUUAGAGUAUAAUGAUUUUAAGUUUAAGAUCACAUGCAGAUCAAUAUAUCAUCAUGAUGAGAAUACCUAAUAACAUGAAGUAAUGGAGCUAGAUAUAUUUUUCAGGGGGAAUAAAAUAUUGACUAAGAAAUGUGUUUCUGUGUACAUUGAAAGUUAAUAAAGAAGAAAAUUUUAG